CCAAGUAUUUUUUUUAAAGGUCUUUAAUAUUUUCAGUCAGGCAUAGUGAGUGUCAGUCAGCUGAGCGAAGGACCCCACGCAGCACGCUCACACGUGUUUGUCGACAGCCAUGGCGGACAUACAGAUGAAGAUUCUCCGCAAGAAAAUUCAGAAGAGAAAUGAUAAAAAUAAACAACGCAAAUUGCUCCGAGCUCAGAAGGAAGAAGAAGAAGAAAACGGCGGAGAGCUGAAGGCUGUGCUGGAGGAAUCUGAAGUGACCAGUGGUCCUGCUCCAAACGUCACUGAAGAGCAGCAGCAUAGCGUCUCCACUGAGGACAACGAAACCUCACAGAAAAUCAAGAAGAAGAAAAGAAAAUGGGAUGGCACAGGGGACUCAACAUCUAGUGUGAAAAAGGUCAAAAAGCAGGUUAAAGUUAAAGAGACAACAGAAGAAGAGCAACAGAGGGAUGAAAAACAGGAGGAGGAAUGUGAAGAGGUGCCAGAGAAUGGAAAUGAUGACAAAGAGGGUUCAGCUGAGGAGGAUGAUAGUGAUGAAGAUGGACCGCAGCUUCCUUCUGGUCUGACAGGUGCAUUUGAGGACAAGUCAUUUGCAUCUUUGGUGGAAGUGGUCAGUGAGAAUACACUGAAGGGAGUGAAGGAAAUGGACUUUGAAACCAUGACUGAGAUCCAGCACAAGACCAUACGACCUCUGCUGGAAGGAAGAGACGUGUUGGCUGCAGCUAAAACAGGAAGCGGUAAAACUCUAGCUUUCCUGAUUCCUGCCAUAGAGCUUAUCUACAAACUCAAAUUUAUGCCCAGAAAUGGGACUGGAGUGGUCAUUUUGUCCCCCACUCGUGAGUUAGCCAUGCAGACGUAUGGUGUGCUAAAGGAGCUGAUGACUCAUCAUGUGCACACGUACGGCCUCAUCAUGGGCGGCAGCAACCGUUCUGCUGAAGCCCAGAAACUCGCCAAUGGAGUCAAUAUCUUGGUUGCUACACCUGGCAGACUUCUCGAUCACCUGCAGAACACACCCGGGUUUAUGUUUAAGAACCUUCAGUGUCUGAUCAUUGACGAGGCUGACAGGAUUCUGGAGGUUGGCUUUGAGGAAGAGCUGAAGCAGAUCAUCAAACUUCUGCCUAAAAAAAGACAGACCAUGUUAUUUUCCGCAACACAGACACGUAAGGUGGAGGAUCUUGCACGAAUCUCCCUCAAGAAGGAGCCGCUGUAUGUGGGGGUGGAUGACAACAAAGACACGGCCACCGUGGAAGGACUAGAACAGGGAUAUGUUGUAUGUCCUUCGGAAAAACGCUUCCUGCUGCUCUUCACGUUUCUGAAGAAGAACUGUAAGAAAAAGCUGAUGGUGUUCUUCUCGUCUUGCAUGUCUGUGAAGUACCACUAUGAGCUGCUCAAUUACAUUGAUCUGCCUGUCAUGGCCAUUCACGGGAAGCAGAAACAGACGAAGAGAACUACAACGUUUUUCCAGUUCUGUAACGCAGACUCUGGCAUUCUCCUCUGUACGGAUGUGGCUGCCAGAGGUCUCGAUAUCCCAGAAGUGGACUGGAUUGUUCAGUAUGACCCACCUGAUGAUCCAAAGGAGUACAUCCACCGUGUGGGACGAACAGCUCGUGGUAUUAAUGGUAGAGGACAUGCCCUCCUGAUCCUAAGACCAGAGGAGCUCGGCUUUUUACGAUUCCUCAAACAGGCCAAAGUUCCUCUGAGUGAGUUUGAGUUCUCCUGGGCUAAAAUCUCUGAUAUUCAAUCUCAGUUAGACAAGCUGAUAGAGAAGAACUACUACCUUCACAAAUCGGCUCAGGAGGCCUAUAAAUCCUACGUCAGAGCUUACGACUCUCAUUCCCUCAAACAAAUCUAUAAUGUAGAGACGCUAGACCUCCCAAAAGUGGCAAUGUCCUUUGGGUUUAAAGUGCCGCCUUUUGUGGACCUCAACGUUCACAGCAGUAAAGGGGUGAAGAUGCAGAAGCGAGGUGGUGGUGGAGGCUUUGGCUACCAGAAAUCUAAGAAUGUCCACAAGGCCAAGAUCUUCAAACAUGUCAGCAAAAGGAAAGGAGACGGCAGACAGUUCUCACGCUGAGAAUAAGAUGAAUCUUCCCUGUGAUGCACCUCUUUUGAUCUAUACAGAGUAACUGUCAGACUACACACUUGUCAAUUUGUUAACUUGGUCUCAGUCUUUUGAGAAGAGCUCUGAUCAGUCUGCAUUCCAUGCCUGUACAGAAUUCUGUUUUCAGAAGCCAUUAUAUAAUGCUUAAUUUCUAUUGUUACUGGCCCAACUCAUUAAACUUAUAUUAUUAAUAAUUCUUCUCAUGCUGUCUGCUCUCUCCACAUGAGAUUGAACCUACAACCUUAGUAGCAACUAGGGCUGGGCAAUACAAUUUUUUACAUUUUUAAAAUUGCUCCUAGAGUGAUUUGUUAAAUUAAAAUAAAUAUUGUAAAACGUAGUUAAAACUGUAGACAUUUUCCAUACUGUUUCACCGAAAGAAAAGAUUGAAUAAUUUUUUUUAUUCACCAAUAUAAAAAUAAACAAUGCUUACUUUCUUGCGAAAACAUUUAUAAACCCUUAAAAUGCUACACAAAUAUUGUUGUGAUGCAAAAGGAAUUGACAGACCAAUUGGUAACCAAUGAACUGAACUUCCCACAUAUUUUGGCAUUUUAAUGAGGUUUAAAUCCUUAAAACCAGCACAUUAACGUCACAGCCAUGAGGUUGGUUCAUUUUAUAUUAAAUAUUUUGUUAAAUUUGUAAAUAUUAUAUAUUGUCCAGUCCUAGUAGCCAUAGGCUACCAUCUUUAAAAUGUGCAGAAUUGUAAAUCUCAGUUGUAAUGUUAUUCACAGGUCGAGGCAAUCUAUGAACUGAAGAGCCAGUAAGAUGCCAGGUUGUUUCUACUAUGAUUGUAUCAUAUGUGAGUCUUCGCUAAUCUGAAACCACUAUAGUAAAUAAAUCUGUCAGAUCAACAGGCAGUUAAUUUUUCCUUUAAUAUGCUUUGGUCUUAUGGCAAAUUUUUAUCAUGAUAUCAAAACAAAGGUGAUUAGUAAGGGAAUUUGUGUUAUAUACAUUAUGGGUUUAAAUAAGGUGGCAACAAGGCACAAAACAUUUCCAGUUAAACUACAUUAGUUACAUGCUUUACAGUCUCUGAACCUAAAACAAUCUAGGCUGA